AUGGCAACAGCGGCAUCACAAAAUGACAAAGGCAUCAUAGCUGAAGGCGUUUUCAUUAUUGGACUUUACUCACAAGGCAUGAGAAUCGUGUUUGUCGCCUUUUAUUCACCGCUUGGUGAUAAGAUAAUUGAAUUUACAUUCCAUGGUUUAUGUUUGAUUAUGACAAAGUGCAAGAUGUUCUCAGCCACGAUAAUUAAUGUUCAAGACAUGAACAUAGUUAAGUUUUUGAAGCUGAAAAUCGGAGGUCUUUGA